UGUACUAGAACACUUCCCUUGGAGCUAGAAAUGCCCUCUGGCCUCUUUCUGUGGGACAUGUGUGCUGGUCCCUUAUAAAGGACAUGUGUAAAUGUCUAGCUUCAUAGGAGAUGCUCUCCACCCUUUGCUACACUGGGAGGUUUUCUCUAAUUUAAUCUAAUGUUCCUCUCUCCACCUUCUACCCCCAAUCUAAUCACUGCAAACUUUUCUUUUUAGAAACUGAAGUGUUUAGUCCCCUAACUCCUUGCUUCCUAUGAGACUCAGUCUUUUACAUUGCCUGAAUCUAUCUCUGAAGUUUAACACCCUAAAGUGUUUGUGGUUCUUGGCAUGUAGCAUGAACCCCAUGCUGUGGCAGAAAGCUUAGCACCCUGCCAUCCGGUGAAGAGAAGGCUUGGUCACUGAGAAAUUGGUCGUUCUUUUCCCAUACGCACCUCCAUCCCUCAACUGCUCCACUUGUCAUACUCUCCAACAUGGCAUGGAAGCUGCUUUUCAUCUUUCUCUCUGCAUGCCCAGGUUCCUCUUCUCUUUCCAUCUUCCAGCCUCCCAGGAUCCAGGCCCAGGAGGGUGGUUCCGUCUCCCUUUCCUGCUUAUUCAAUAUCAGUCAGGAGGGCCCUGCCAUUGGCUUUGCCACCUGGUACCUGGAUGUGGUAGUCCCAGACAGGGAGGUGAAUAACAAGACACUACAAUUCAGGGGCCGCCUAGUCUUCUCUGAUCAAGCCCAAUUCCUCUGGGACCGGAUGAUUGAACUACAGAUACAAGACAUCAGAGUAUCCGAUGCUGGACUCUACUUGUGCAGAGUGGAGAUAUUGGGGUCAGGGAUCGAGACUGGAAAAGGGACCAGGCUGGUGGUAAAGGAAGGAUUUCAAAAGCCGCUGUCGGUGGAGUCCAGAUCAGAUCUCAGUCCCAUUCCCCCAGCUGCACACCUCAUAGGUAUCUCAAAAACAGGUCAUGGGCUGCACUGGGUGUCAGGACACGAGGAAGCAUUUCUGAAGAGUGGAACACAAUUCUUGGGGGAUGAAGGGCUACUGGCCCUUCCCCAAGAUGGAAUUUAUUUCCUCUACUGUCACAUCGGGUACAGGGGCCGAGCUCCCUCUGGUGGACAACAGCCUGGCUCUCAUCAUCAGGCUGGGGACCCUGGAAUUCCUCUCACCCUCAGCAGUUGGCUAUAUCGGGCUGGGGGGGCCUAUGGCUCAGGGGAGCCAGAACUGCUGCUUCAGGGGGCUGAGACUGUGACCCCUCCUGUGCGGCAGGUCAGGGGGGGUGGGCAGGGCACUUUGUGGUAUGCCAGUGUAGGGUUUGGAGGGUUGGCUCAGCUUCGAGAGGGUGAGAAGAUCUACGUUAAUGUCAGUCACCUUGACAUGGUGGACUUCAGGAGGGGGAAGACAUUCUUUGGGGCUGUAAUGGUGGGAUAAGGGACAUCUAGAUCCUGUGAGAAAUCUUUAUUGUUGGGAGUGUCAGUGACUUGGUUGGGGAGGGGGGGUUGUUCAGGUAAAGGGUCCUUAGGGGAAGUGAAGGCCAGAUGGGUAGGUCCUAGAGGGAUUGAGGGAGGGAGAAAUGAGUCAUAAUUGUAUUAGAGUUUCUUGAACAAGGAACCCAAGAGUAUCUUGUAAGUCUCGCCCUGACAAUAAAGAUGGCUGUUGCCUCCUCUA